ACCCGUGCCGUUUAACGUCUAUAUUAUACACAAUAUAUAUAUAUAUAUAUAUACACGACGACAACGUACACGAUAACGGCGUUCAUUGUGCGAGGUGUAGCGGGUCGGGGCGCGGUGUCAGCGGCACGAUGAUCCGUAGUCAUUUCUAGCUGCUGUCGUUGUCAGCAGUAGUCGUCAGUCACCGCUCUCGCAACUUGGUACCCGUUUCGCUCGCUGUUGUCUCGCUGGUCGCUGUGGCGUCUGCGGUGUCCGGUGUCCCUGUGUGUGUGUGUGUGUGUGUGUGGGUGUGCGUGUACGUGUGUCGUCGGGUGACGCGCCCGUUAUCUAUCGGUUCCGUCGGCGCCACCGCUGCAGUGGCCGGGCGCGAAGUCGAGCGAUAAUCCCUCGGCGGCGGCGUUUUCCUCCCCGAUUCGCCGUUUUCCCCGUCGCUUUCCCGCGCGACCAACGACCCACCCAUCAAGCCGAGACGACGAUGAAGCUUUUCUAACGCUGCCCAGACAGGAAAACCGUCACGAUGCAGACCAUUUCGGUGAGCAACUGCCUGCAGGACUCGCCCAAGUUCAGGACACAACUUGAUCGCCAUGAGUCCAAUAUUGAUUUACUGGAACAUAGGUUAGAAAAGGUUGUAAAAGUAUACAGUCUUAUGAUUGAUUCUGGGAAGACAUAUGUAAGCCAACAAUCAUUAUUUGCAAAUAGUUUAUGGGAAAUGGGACUUUGUUUCCGUGAUGACACAUCUUCGACUAAAAAUUUAAAUAAAAUAAUUCAUGCUCUUCAAGAAAUGAACAAAUUUUUAACUACAUUCCUGGAUCAGGCAUCACGAACCGUUUUGAACAACUUAACAGUAUUUGUUAAAGAAGAUAUUAAGGCAAGCAAAGAAUCCAAGCAUAUAUUUGAAAAGGCAACAUAUGAACUUGACGCUGCUCUAUUAAGGAACUCCCAGGUGUUAAAAUCUCGUCCACAAGAAGCAGAUGAAGUACUAAGUCAACUUGCAUCAGCAAGAAGUUCUUUUCGUCAUGCUGCCUUAGAUCAUGUGCAUUGUAUUACUAUGCUUUUAACUAGGAAAAAACCUGAAAUAUUUUCAACACUAUUGUCUUAUAUCCAAGCGUGGGGUACAUAUUUUCAUCAAGGUUUUACUUUAACUGAAGAUUUACAAGAUUUUAUUCAGAAUCUGAACAAAGAAGUAGUCUUAAUGACUGCCGAAGCAGCUGAAAUGGAAAAUCAACUUAGUGAACAUCACAAAUUGGUUGACAGCAAUGAUACGGUUAUGAUAAAUGGUGAUUGUGAAAAUGGUGAAAAGGGGAAAGAUGUGAUACGUAUUGAAGGCUACCUGUACAAGCGAACAAGUAAUGCUUUCAAAACAUGGAAUAGACGAUGGUUUUACCUAAAGAAUAAUCAGUUGGCUUAUAGUAAAAGAAAUGGUGAAAAUUUAUUUACUGUUAUGGAAGAUGAUCUAGGAAUUUGUUCUGUGAAGCCAGCAUAUGAUGCAGAAAGAAGGUUUUGUUUUGAAGUUUUAUCUCCAUCUAAAAGUCACAUUUUACAAGCUGAUUCUGAGUAUGUAUACAAGUUAUGGAUAGAAACUAUUCAACAAGGUAUUGAAAAUGCAAUACGUAAUCGUCCCCAACCAAAACCUAAUCAAGAUGAUGAUAGUUCAAAUGAAAAUUUUCAGACUCCAAAAAUUAAAAAGUCGAAGACAUUGGAUGUGCUUGUUAAAAUUCCUGGUAAUGAAAAAUGUUGCGAUUGUAAAGCACCAAAUCCAGAUUGGGCUAGCAUAAAUUUGGGCAUAACAUUAUGUAUUGAAUGUUCUGGUGUACAUCGAAGUCUUGGCGUUCAUUAUAGUAAAGUUCGUUCAUUAACACUUGAUGACUGGGAACCAGAAAUUUUAAAAGUUUUGGCUGAAGUUGGAAACUCUGUGGUCAAUGAAGUUUAUGAAUAUAAUGUUCCUGAUACAGUUGUACGUGCUUCAGCAAAAUGUCUUGGUCCAAUCCGUGAACAAUGGAUUCGAAAUAAGUAUGUUGAUCGCCUAUUUGUGAAGCCAAUACCUAAUAAUGAAUUGAUAUUGGAAGAAUUUAAUACAAGAAAAUGGAGUGUCCGCAAAGUUAGACGACGUGGAGUCCAAUCUACAGUAAAAAAUGAGAAAAAAGAUAAUGUCAUGGUAAUUGGUGGCAAUGCUAAAAGCAUAUCUUUAGAUGUUAUUAGUAGCGAUGACGAUUCUACAAUUAGUGAUGAUGGAACAGAUGUUGUAGAAGAAGAUAUAUCUACAUUGAGGCCAGAUAUGCUGCUUUAUCGAGCUGCAGCAGCGCAUAAUCUACCAGUAAUGUGUCAUGCAAUAGCAACAGGAGCAGAUAGAAAUUGGAAAAAUCCAAAUGACAACGGACGGACUUCACUCUUUCAAGCUAUACUCAGUGGUUCUGUGAUGGCUUGUGAGUAUUUGAUACUAAAUGCAUCUGACAUUAACGUUCAAGACGAUCAUGGGCAAACUCCUCUGUUUUUCGCUACACAAUUAGGCCAUACAGCACAAGUAUGCCUUCUUUUGAAACAUAAAGCAAAUCAAUAUCUUAAGGAUAAUGACAACAUUGAACCGUUAGAUGUAGCUACAAAACAGGCCAAUGCGAAUAUAGUAACAUUGCUCAAAAUCAGUCGUCUGAAUGAUCAGUCUGAAAUUCCAGAAUCUUUUAAAGAUGCAGUACGAGAUUUCACUCAGCUUACAUUCAGCCCUUUACAUAAAUGAUUAUUGAACAAAAAUUAGCUUUUAAAUAAAUCGUUAUACUUUAUUACUCUACAAGACUUCUCUGGUUUUUACAAAGAUAUGAAUCUUUUAGGUUCAUUAAGACUAUAUGUUGAUGAACAAAAUACUAUUGAAUACAUUAUUAUAUUUAUGUUUAAG